AUGGCCAACUUUGAAGCUUACCAGGAGUAUCAGAGAAUUGAGGACUUCGAGGAGGACUCGCCACCAGGGGAGGAGGAUUUACUGGUGCACGUGCCAGAAGGCCUAAAAGAAUCAUGGCACCAUAUCAAGAACCUGGAUAACUUCUUCAAAAGGAUCUAUCAUUUCCAUCAAAAGAAUGGCUUUGCGUGUAUGAUGCUAUCGGAGUUCUUCGAACUUAUUCAGUUGUUGUUUGUGGUCACAUUCACAACGUUCCUUGUCAACUGCGUGGAGUAUGACGUCCUGUUUGCCAAUCGAGUGGUCAACCACACCGGGCCGGGCCAGAACCCCUUGGACAGGAACAAGGUCUCUCUUCCAGAUGCCAUCCUCCCUAGUCAGCAGUGCACUCAGAGGAUUCAAGAGAACAGUUGGAUCAUAUUCCUUCUCAUCAUGGCAGCCAUCUUCUGGAUCUAUCGACUUGUCAAAGUCUUUUGCAAUGUUCUUAGCUACUGGGAGAUCAGGCAGUUCUACAUCAAAGCCCUGAAGAUCAGAAUGGACGAACUAUGCAACUUCACGUGGCAGGAAGUCCAGGACCGGCUCAUCAGCCUGCAACGAGAGCAGCAAAUGUGCAUACACAAGAAGGAGCUGACUGAACUCGAUAUCUAUCACCGCAUCCUGCGAUUCAAGAACUACAUGGUGGCCAUGAUAAACAAAUCGCUGCUGCCGGUGCAGCUGCAGCUCCCCCUGCUGGGCAACGUGGUGUUCCUCACCCAAGGCCUCAAGUACAACUUUGAGCUCAUCCUCUUCUGGGGCCCCGGCUCUCUGUUUCAGAAUAAGUGGAACCUGCACCCCAAGUACAAGCGGAACGGAAACCGCCUCGAGCUGGCGCAGCAGCUCAGUAGAGUCAUCCUGCUGAUGGGUUUGGCCAACUUGCUGCUGUGUCCCUUCAUCCUGGUGUGGCAGGUGCUCUACGCCUUCUUCAGCUACACCGAAGUGAUCCGCCGAGAGCCCGGAAGCCUGGGCGCGCGCCGCUGGUCCCUGUUUGGCCGCCUGUACCUGCGGCACUUCAAUGAGCUGGACCACGAGCUGCACGGACGUUUAGGCCGCGGCUACAAACCCACGUCCAAAUACAUGAACUCCUUCACGUCGCCGGUGCUGACGGUGCUCGCUCAGAACUUUGCCUUCUUCUCGGGCUCGAUUUUGGCCGUGCUCAUUGCACUGACGGUGUACGACGAGGAUGUUCUGACGGUGCAGCACAUUCUGACCGCCAUCACGGUGCUGGGAGUGGUCAUCACUAUCGCCAGGUCCUUCAUCCCAGAUGAGCAUAUGGUGUGGUGUCCAGAACAGCUGCUGCAGUGCAUGCUGGCACACAUUCACUACAUGCCGGACCACUGGAGGGGAAAUGCCAACAAGAGCGAGACCCGUGACGAGGUGGCGCAGCUGUUCCAGUACAAGGCGGUGUUCAUUUUGGAGGAGUUGCUCAGCCCCAUCGUCACGCCCUUCAUUCUCAUCUUCCACCUGAGGAAUAAGUCUCUCGAAAUCAUUGACUUCUUCAGGAACUUCACUGUGGAAGUGGUGGGGGUCGGAGACAUCUGCUCCUUUGCCCAGAUGGACAUCAGGCGCCACGGAAACCCGACGUGGCUAUCAGAGGGCCAGACGGAGGCCUCCGUAUACCAACAAGCUGAAAACGGCAAGACGGAGUUGUCGCUUAUGCAUUUCACCAUUAAGAACCCGCGCUGGCAGCCGCCUCAGGAGAGCUCCGUGUUCAUCAGCCACCUGAAGGAAAAGGUGCAGCACGAUGCGCAGGGUGGCCCCUCCACCCAGCUGCUGCUCUCCGAGGCUCCUCUUUGCACCUCACUGCAUUCCAACCAGUCUGGCACUGGGCCUGAUAAUCUGCUGGCCAGUGUCCUGGCACACCCCAUCCUAACUGCAUCUGGACUCCAAGGGCGAGACCAUCGCUUCAUCCCGCCGAGCACCGCAGCUUCCGCUGCCGCCAGUGUCCUGGCCUCGUUGUCCACCUCUCAGCUGCCGCACAGCAGCCGCGGCCGCUCCCAAAGCCUCCUGCACUCGUCUGUCCACCCGGAGAGCACCAUGUACCGCAGCGACCGCACCGUCAUCGACAGUAUGUCUACCAGCGACGCUCACAUCCGGAGCAAUACGCUGCACACAGAGUUUGCCUCAGCAGAGAUGAGUCUCCAUGCCAUCUACAUGCACGAGCUCCACCAGCAGACCUCCCACCCACAGAGAACUUCGGGUCAGUGGCAGAACUCGGUGCCAAUGAGAGAUCUGCACACAAAUGCUGGUUUCCAGGCAAACAGUGGCCUUGGGUCCAGCAUCUCCAUGCCCACCCCUGUCCACCUUGGUGGCUGGCAAGAGGAGGAGGAGGAGGAGGAGGAGGAGAUUGAUAAUGGAUCUACUCCAAAACAGUCUACGGGGAGUAGUUGUUGAAGUGCCUUAUGUCGUAAGGUAUACGCUCUCUCUUGAACUCGGCAGUAUGACACAUGUCUACGAUUUAUGCUUUGUGGUUCUGCUUCCCGUGUGUUGGUCGAACCUCACGAGGGAUACGUCGCCAUGACAAUUUCUCCUCUCUCUUACUUUUUUUUUUUUUUUAAAUAAUAGAGUUUACAUUUUUUCUUCUUCUUCUAUGAACAUUGUGGCCUUAGAUGAUCUUCAUGGAGAAUUUAGCAUGGACCUUUUUUAAAAAAAAAAAAACAUUAUUCAGCGUUUUGUUUUGGAGGGGGGCCUCGUCGCAUAACCACUGUCUCUGCACCUCCGCGCCUCAUCCUGUCACACCAGGCAGACUAUGGCAUCAGGGAAACCAUACGUCUUCCGUCCGAUCCAUGUCCACUUGGCAUAAACGUGUACAGACAAACUCUGUGUGUGUGUGUGUGUGUGUGUGUGUGUGUGAAGAAAAAAGGAGGGCGAGAGGCUCAUCUCGAGUCGGUGUGCGCACGCUUCACGUAUUUGUGCAUCGAAAAGAAAGGUGUGUGUGUGUGUGUGUGAUCUGCUACAGAGAAGGUGACAUGUAUCGUAGCUGCCUGAACAGUUUUGAUCACCUGGAAAAAGAAUUAUUCAAUAUUUCAAGUUUUUUUUUUUAAACCCCUGGUGAUUUUGUAAAUACACUUUUUUUUUGUGCAUCUUUUAGUUAUCCUUUUUUUACUACCAGAGCUUAUCCUUGAAAAGUAUACCGAGUAUUUGAUUUGAUAAAGAGCGGAUUGUACGUGGAGCCAAACUACUAUAAUGUCAUUAAUCCAGAUAUACACAUGCGUCAAUGCUGCUGUCUGUGUUUAGUGGUCCUGAAUACAGAUUUUUACUCAGUAUUAAUGUUUUCCGGAGCUGAUGUCAUCAGGAAAACGGGACUAAAAUCAUGGGCCCCAAAUUACACCUGGCGUCAAAAAUCCCAAUGCAGAUAUAAGAUGUCUUUUUAAGUCUAUUGAACACAAAGUCAGCUUUAUGCCUUAACGCCCAUUUAAUAACAUAUACGUUUUAAAUCCUAUUUUCCGUAUUACUACCUCAGUGGUGGUGAAGAAACACUAUUACUCCAAUCAAUACCUCUGCAGUGUAAAUCCUCUUGUGUAAAUAUAUAUAUAUAUAUAUAUAUAUAUAUAUAUAUAUAUAUAUACACACACACACACACACAACAUGGGGUUCUAUGCAGUGUGCAGAUGCAUCUUUUUAACUGCAUUUUGAUUUUAAUGGCAUGUGUAAAUGGGAUCUGUUCCAUCUCCUCUUGUUAUUUCCUGCCCAGCAGAUGUUUUUAAGUCGAGAACAAAACAGGGUGGUGUUGCUUUUUGGAAAAUCUUUGUUUACAUUAAUCUUUUUUUUUUUUUAAACGCUCACAUGAAAAAAAGAAGGAUCUUCAUCAUGAUUGCUGAUUUCAGAGUGUGCGCUGUUGUUUCUGCAGCUUUUUAGGUUUUAAGCUAUUUAAAGCAGCAGUUCCUCUCAGUGUUGGCUUUAUGCUUUUCAAAGUAAGAGCAUGAGGAGGGGGGAAAACAAGCCUUUCCACAGCCUGCAUCAUGUGUUAGCUUUAUUUAUUACCUGUUGCCCCCCCCCCCCAGAUAUUUAAGUGAUUUAUGUGUAUUAUUUAUUUGGAUUUAAAACACAUUUUGAUUGUUUUGUUAAAUGAUUUAAUUUCAGACUCACACAGACACGCCCCACAAAAAGAAAAAGUUUAAAUAAAUGAGAUAUUAAGAUGUAAUGGAUGCAAAGAUAACAUGGGUAGCUGCAGCAUGAUGAAAACUAAAAAAAAAAGAAGUGAUUUACACAUAAAAUAAAGUGGGACUAAAUCAUCUCGUCGAUUUUGGUGUGCAAAAAAAAAUGUUUUGCAUUCUUCAUAGAUAACAUUAAUAUUAAUAUAUAUAUAUAUAUAUAUAUAUAUAUGUCGACCUUCACAACUGCAAGACUUCACAGGAUACACACGUCUUUGCCCUCUCAAUGUUUAGAAACUGUCUGUGGAAGGAAUGCUAAUUAUGCUAACAUGAACGCCGAAUUUUGCACUGACGACAUUGUGUGUGUGUGUGUGUGUGUGUGUGUGUGUGUGUGUGUGUAUGUGUACAAUACUUGCAUCAGAUACAUUUGAGUGCAGAUCUCAAAAAGGGACUCUUGAGUCAACCUCCACCUGGAAUGACCUCGUUGUUUGUAUAUAAAGCAUCUGCACAUAUUUUAUGGCCCACUUCAGACCCACCUGGAAAUACUGUGGCCGAUCACAUAAGGUCCGUCUUACCUCUGGUCAGCAAAGGUUCGCCCUAUAGAGUGUGUGUGUGUGUGUGUGUGUGCAUGAGUGUUGUGGCGGUGAGUUUAUGUCGUAGAGACACUGGAGCUCAGCCUUGUGUGCACAGAGUUGAUUUCUUUCGACCGUCUCCACAUUCACACCUUUCGCUGUCAUGUUUUUGGUCAUUUUUUAAUGAUUUUUUUUUAAUCGGUGCCUUUUUUUUUUUUAGUAUUAAGGAUUAGCGGUUGUUCUUUUUCCAGAAGCCAUUUCAUGUAAACCAUUGGAUUUACUUUCACAUACUAUGUACAGGUUUUUUUUUUAAAAAUGUUUGCACGUAGUUGUGUAUAGCAUCAUGUAUGUAAUGGAAGUCGUGGAUGCGUGGCUUGUAAGAUGAGUCGUCCGUUCACUGAUCCAGAGUCAGUCCGACAGCACACUUCUUCUUGUCGCGGUGGUUUCGAUUUGCACUGUCCUCAAGCAUCCUAGAGAAGCAGGAGUGUGCCUUUUGUAAUGAGCUGGCAGCAUCGCAGCCAACCUUCUCAUCCUACUAUGGUUUCUUAUCCACUCGGCACCAGUCUGACAAUCACGGUGGCUGGUAACAAGGUGCUAAGUUUUCAUCCCGAAGUGUCGAAUAACUUUUAAAAGAUAUGUGUUUUGGUUUGUUUGUUUUGGUUUUGUUUCCACACACACACGCGUCUCGACGUCUGUUGUUGUUUUGUUUUUUUUCUUCUGUAAACUAAAGAAACACUAGCUGAACAAUUUAAACAUGCCAAAAUAACUUGUUUUUCAGCACAGCUUUAUAAUACAUGUGGUGUUUGUUUUUUUGUGAGUGAGUGAGUAGAGAGGCAAAUACAUUUAAGUGUUUUUAAUCAUUACACGUGUGGUCGAUUUAUGCCGAUGUUUAUGUGAAAUAAAAAUAUAUUUAAAUUUUCA